CUGGCAUCUAGCGGCGUGUUCCUCUUUCCCUAGGUUUCCUGUAUCCCAGCAGGUGAGCGGCGCCGGCUGUUCACCGUUGACCUCCUCUUGCCUGUUGCCCUUUGCUCUGUACAGUCGCGCAGCAGGACCCGAGAUCUUAGGGCUUUUGCCUUGACUCACACACCGCUACUGGCGAUAGACCAUGGCUGAACGCGGGGAACUCGACCUGACUGGCGCUAAACAGAACACGGGAGUGUGGCUGGUCAAGGUUCCUAAAUACUUAUCACAGCAAUGGGCAAAAGCCCCAGGAAGGGGUGAAGUUGGGAAGCUGCGGAUUGCCAAGAAUCAAGGAAGGACUGAGGUGUCAUUUACUUUGAAUGAGGAUCUUGCAAAUAUUCAUGAUAUUGGUGGAAAACCAGCUUCAGUUAGCACACCAAGAGAACAUCCAUUUGUCUUGCAGAGUGUUGGAGGACAGACGUUAACAGUAUUUACUGAGAGCUCCACAGAUAAGCUGUCAUUGGAAGGAAUAGUGGUACAAAGAGCUGAGUGCCGGCCAGCUGCCAGUGAAAACUACAUGAGAUUAAAGAGAUUGCAGAUAGAAGAAUCUUCCAAACCUGUAAGGCUGUCACAACAACUGGACAAAGUUGUAACAACCAAUUACAAACCUGUUGCUAAUCAUCAAUACAAUAUUGAGUACGAAAGGAAAAAGAAAGAAGAUGGAAAGCGAGCCCGAGCUGAUAAACAACACGUUUUGGACAUGCUAUUUUCAGCCUUUGAGAAACAUCAGUACUAUAACCUUAAGGACUUAGUGGAUAUCACAAAACAACCAGUGGGAUACCUGAAGGAAAUCUUGAAAGAAAUUGGUGUACAGAAUGUAAAAGGGAUCCACAAAAACACAUGGGAGCUGAAGCCAGAGUACAGGCACUAUCAAGGAGAAGAGAAGAGUGAUUAAGAAGACUCCUUGCCAGAGUGCUAAUGGAACACCUAACACUGGGCACGGGCAUGCUGCUGGAAUGCUUGAACACCGUGUGUUAAUAGGGGCAAAAUAACAGUGCUUUCACUGCUCUUGGUAAAUUUUUUAAACCUAUAGUUCUUGUAAAGUGUAGUAAGUGUUUUUUGAGGAGAAAGAACAAAUUUAUUUAUAGACUUGUAUUAAACCAGAUUAUUCUUAAUGAGAAUUGGGGUUGGUGUAUUAAGUAUUAGCUUUUGACACGUAAAGUUAGGAAAUGUUUCUUAAAUGAGGACUCUAUCCUUGCUGUAUCUCUGAGGUACCAAUAAAAUACAGAUCCAAAGAGAAUGGUAUAGCAGGAUAAAAAUAGUCAACUACAGAAACUCUUAAGAGGAAUAAAAAGCCAAAGUUCCUAAUUCUGAAAUUGUCAAAAAAAAAAAAAAACAACUCUUUUUUUAAACAGGUGAUCAUGUUUUGUGGUUUAUACAUAACUUAAUAAAAAAAAGAACAUUUAAAUUUGUAGUGAGAUGGUGGUUUUCAUCAUUAGCUUAUUUUACGCUAGUGAUAUUGAUAUGAGAAAUGGAUAAAAUCAUGGUCAAUUUUUGUUUCUUUUUGCUUUUAAAAUAAUUAGUUUCCCACACCCUAUACCUAGAUACAAAAUAGAUAUUAAACACACAGUGCCCAGUUAGCAAUUUAGACACAUCCUCUUAGUCCAGAUCCUCUUAGACUGCUGUAAUCCUAGCAGUCUGGGAGGCUGAGGGAGGAGGAUUCCUUAGAUUCCAGAGUUCAAGACCAACCUGAGCAAAAGUACAAUCCUGUCUCUUCUAAAAAUAGAAAAAAUUAGUGAAGCAUGGUGGCAGGACCUGUAGUCCCAGCUACCUGGGAGGCUGAGGCAGAAGGAUUGCUUGAGCCCAGGAGUUUGAGAUUGCCGUGAGCUAGACUGACACCAUGGAACUCUAGCCCAGGUGACAGACCAAGACUCUGUCUUAAAAAAAAGAAAAAGGAAAAAAAAAACAGAAAUACCUUCCCCAAAUGUCAAGAUAUGUUUCCCCCAGUUCAAUUAUGAGCUCCUGGGUGGCACCUGUGGCUCAGUUAGUAGGGCGCCGGCCCCAUAUACUGAGGGUGGUGGGUUCAAGCCCAGCCCCUGCUGAACUGCAACCAAAAAAAAAAAAAAAAAAAAUAGCCGGGUGCUGUGGCGGACGCCUGUAGUCCCAGCUGCUCGGGAGGCUGAGGCAGGAGAAUCGUGGAAGCCUAAGAGCUAGAGGUUGCUGUGAGUCCUGUGACAUCAUAGCACUCUACUGAAGGCGGUAAAGUGAGACUCUGUCUCUACAAAAAAAAAAAAAAAAAUUAUAAGCUCCUUAAAGACUGGCUUCUGGAAGUUUACUGCCCACUCAAGAGCUGUACAUUGGACAUCAUAAGGCAAAUGAUACCAACAAAUUGAAGGAAGGUUAUGGGGGCCCAGCUGAAACAGAAGAAGUUCAUGUCCAUUUGUGGGGUGUGAAAAUGUUUCUUUCAUCUUUCUCUUGAAUUUUUAAAUAAAAGCGAUACAUGUACAUGGUCAAAGUUUUUUCUAACACAACAGGCUAUAUACAUGGUAUUAGGCAAUUCCAAAAUUAUGCCAACAAACAAAACCACUGAAACAUAAAAAGCUCUAGCAAGCUAAGCACAUUGAAAAGUUGUUUUUAUACUUGUUUGUUUGGUCACUUGCUUCUGAAUACCUACAACCAAUAAGUAGCAAAUGCCAGCAAUUCAAGAAAAUGUUAUGUAAUUAAAUCAAGGGCUGGGCUCUAUGGCUUAUGCCUGUAAUUCUAGCACUCUGGGAAGCGAAGGCGGGUGGAUUGCUUGAGUUCAGGAGUUGGAGACCAGCCUAAGCAAGAAUGAGAUUCCAUCUCUACUAAAAAAAUAGAAAACCGGCGGCGCCUGUGGCUCAGUCGGUAAGACGCCGGCCCCAUAUACCGAGGGUAGUGGGUUCAAACUCGGCCCCGGCUGAACUGCAACAAAAAAAAAAAAAAAUAGAAAACCUCGCUGGGCAUCAUGGCUGGUGCCUGUACUCCUAGCUUCCCAGGAAGGGAAGUCCUUUGGCAUUCUCUCUGUCGUUUGUGUAAGAGUCCAGGAGAUGACAGGCUGGCUUCCUUUUUGAUUCUGUUUUCUUUCUGACAUGAGUCCAAAGUGGGUUUCGGAGCCGAAUAGUCUCCUAAUAUGUAAGAGGAAGGAUCAGAAGUCAUUUUUUUAACCUCAUUUUUCUUAAUAUUUCCUGUCUUUUUUCUUCCUGCCUUUCCUUAAAGCAGGUACCAGCAUCCAAGGUACAGGAAUGGUAUAGCAUUGUAUGAUGAAACGUCUGACAGAUAUACCAGGAGUCUAAGCCUUUAAUAGUUAAUAUAAAAGCAAUGGCUUAUAUCUGAUUGUUAGAAACUUUGUAAAUUAAAAGGGACUUUUCAGAUCCUACUUCCAGUUUAAACUAGAUUCUAUUGUCAUUUAUUCUAAAUUUUUACCUAAGGUAUGACUUUCUUAAACAUAUUUUAAAAUGUUGACAUCUGUAUAGACUAAAACUAUAAUCUGGUAUGGUCAUGAAACGCACAAUGGCAGUUUUUAUUUGGCAAGUAUUUACUGAGCAUGAAUUAACAUCAGACACUGGGGAUAACAAAAGCAGAAGGCAUAGGAAGUGUUCACAGUCUAGUGGGAAAUGGAGAUGUGAAUCAGUAACAAUACUGUGUGGGUACAGAGGUGUGAACAAAGUGUUGCUGUCGAGGAGACUGCACCAGUUAAUUUAUUGUCAAAUUUAUGUUCACCUGAAAUUUCCAAUGUUUAAAGCAUUUGAAUACAAUAAUGUACAAUAUGCUUGGUCUUAAAAUGCCAUGGAAUAUGAUUAAUCAUUGAUAAUCCCUAAGACACAUGAUUUCUACAAUGCCUUAGACUGAUUAUUAUGAGCGCACAGUAGUUGCCUGUAAUACAGUGAUCAAAAUAGAAUGUUGAAUUAAAGAGCUUACUGGGCUAGCCAGUCCUCUUGACCUCUAAACCUUACUUCUGAUUAACCAUUCUAGUGUUUCUCCUUGAACAAAAGCCUAUCAACCACUUUGCCAUUUAUUUAUUCAGUAAAAAGCCAUCAAUGCCCACUGUGUGCCAGGCACCAGGGGUAAAGGUCAUGAGUGUUUGUGAUAAUGUGCCUUACAUACCACCAAUUCUCUACCUAUGUUACUAGGU